AUGAAUCCACAACAACACCAACAGCAACAGCCUAUGCAGGUUCAGCAACCACCAAUUCAAUCUAUACCACAGCAGGUCCCAAUAGCAGCGCAACAACAGCCACAGGCUUCAAUUACACAACAGCAGCAACAAAUUAGGAGACCAGGUCAACCACCAAUUCAUCAAUAUCACUCACAAACACAAUUAAAUAGAAAUAAUGGUUUGAAGAAAUAUGAAAUACAAAGACCUGAUAGAAAGGAUUUAGGUCCAGGUUUGGGGCCACCCGAUUUUUAUCCUUUAGACGAAAAUGCAGAGGAAGAUACAUUAACACAAGCUUUUAUUUUAGGAGGUUUUUGUGAAAUUAUUAAACAUGAUGAAUUUAAAUCAUCAAGUGCAAUAUUUAAAAAUUUAGAUUUUCCAAAAGCAAAAGAACAAUUAUUACAAUCAAUUUAUGAAGUUGAAUGGAAAAAGAAUUCUACCCAAAAGACUCAACAAAAUCUACCUACAAUGAAUAAAAAUGCAAAUAAAAGAGCAGUACCAGAGCAAAAGGCAUGGUCGGCAAGUCAUAGAGAGAGCUGGGUAUUGAAAUUGGCAGGUAAUGAGCCAUUACAAAAACUAGCAUCAUCUGUACCACAUGGUUACAAAGGUGAGACUUUAUUGAAAAUGUUUUUAGAUAAUCAGGUUCCUUUAGUUAGGGCCACUUGGUAUACAAAAAUUGUAUAUGGUAAUAUGCCAAAGCAUAAAACAGUAGAGCCUUCAAAUGAUUGGACAAAAACUAUAGUUCAAAGUUUAUUUGCAUUAAUUAGAAAUACAACAAUUGAAAGCAAUACAAAAAAACCAUUACAACAACAGCAGCCAAAUGCAGUCACAAAUAGCUAUACAGGUAUACUUUAUAUUGAGAGAUUAAUAAAGUGGAAUUUUACAGAGGGACUUUUAAAUAGAGAUUUAUUUUUAUCGAUGCUUAUUGAUCAUCUAAAUGAAACCGAUAGACCAGAAGAAGCAGUUUUAAUAUCGUCCUUAUUAUUACAAUAUUCAGAUACUCUUAUUUUAUCGACAUAUCACUCAUUAAAGUUUUUAACUAAAGCAUACGAAAAAUUAAUAAAAAUUACAGCAUCACCACAACAUCUUUCUGUAUCAUCAUCAUCAAAGCACCAUCAACCACAACAACCAAUUCAACCAGUACAACCAAUUACUCAAGCAACUCAAUUAAAUUUACAAAUGUCACCACCAAACCAAAGAAUAUAUUCCAUGCUCUCAAUUAUAGCAAAACAAAUCUCUAUGAAUUUACCCGAUACAUUCAUGUCUUUUAAAAAUUUUAAAGAAUUACUUUAUUUGAUUUAUCCACAAAUCAUAAUAAACAAAAUCGAAUAUAACCAACUAAUGUUUCAAAAUAAUUUAAAAUUUACAGUUUCACCAGAGUUUAAAUGGAUUUCUAAAUACUAUUCUGAAAUUAAUAAAAUUCAGCAACAGCAGCAACAGCAACAAUCCCAAAACAAAAAUCAAUUUCCAAACAAUAUUUUAAAUCAAAGAUAUAAGGGUUUAAACUAUUCAGAUUUGAUUAAGUCUUUGGAUAAAUUUUAUAUUGGUUAUGAUCUAAGAUUAUUAUAUCAAGAAAUAUUUAAUGAUAACCAUAUAUCAUUAGAAGAUGACAAAGAGAAAAUUUUAUUGAUUUGUGAAUGGGCCUGUACAUCGUCUAGAAAUUAUCCAUUUACUUUUUUAUCAGCAUGUUCAUUAUUAAAAAUUUAUGAAAGAAAUCUGUUAAUUAAAUUUAAUAACUUGAAUCAUCCAUUACAAAAUAUACUGGUUCAAUUUUUAGAAACUUUUAAACCAAACUCGAUAGAAUUGAAUAAAAUUUGGUUCUUUUUUUCAGAAUUAAUUAGAAAUGAAAUUUUUUCACAAAAUUCAUAUGCAAGAUAUAUAAUUUCAAGGGGUAUUUUAGAGGAAACUGAUUAUUUAUCAUCAAAAAAUUAUAAUGGAAUCAAUCAACACACAGAUAAUAGUAGUAAUAAUAAAAACAAUCAAUAUCAUAAAAUUUAUUUAAGAGAAUUCCCAAUUUUUAAUAAGAACGAUUUCCCAUCAUUUGAAAUUCACCAACAAAGAAACCAAAGAAGAACCAUAUUGUUCCCAAAUGCUUCAAAGUCUCAAGAAGAAAUUAAUAAUAUGGAGCAGGUUAGAAAUUCGAUAAAAAGUUUUGUUUUGGAUAUAUACAAUUUAGAUUUCAAUAAUACAUUAGAUAAAAUAUUGAUAAAGUUAAGAUCUUUAUCAUAUUAUAGUCAAAUAUCUUUAACUGAAUGGUUGUCACUCUGCAUUAGAUUAAAUUUUAAUAAUAAUAAUUUAAAUAAUAACGAAUUAUCAAAUAACAUUAAUUUAACCAAAGGCUUUAGACGAUUUUCAUUCCCAAUAACAAAACCAUAUAUUGAAAAAAUCUUUUUAUUGAUGGAAUCAAUUUCAAAUUAUCAUUCAAUUUUACAAUGCUUAUUAGUAUUCUGGAAUCAUUGGAAUUUAGCAAAAGAUCUCCAAAGUUUUAUAUUUUAUACAACCUAUAGAUUAGAGUUAUCAUUUAUAACAUCAGACCAAUUUAUAACAUUACUAGAUACAAUUUAUAAGAAGGUUGUUAAAAGCAGUACCAAAGGUGAUGAUGAUGAUUUCAAAAAUCGUGAUGGUGAUGAAAUGGAAGACGACGCAGAUGAACAAAGCGACCAAGAAGAUGACGAUGGAGAAGAUGAAGACAAUGAUGAGGAUGAUGAUCAAAAAAUGAAAGAAACUCAAGAAUCAAUGGCUAUUGAUUCUGAGGGUAAUAAUAAUAAUAAUAUAUGCGGAAAAACUUAUGUAGAAUCUUAUUUGUACCAUAUAAUAAAAAAAUAUCAAUCUAUUAAAUCAGUUUCAACCUGGUUAAAAAGAAGUAAUAUUAACUGUAAAUUUAAAAAAGAUUUUAAUAAUAUAAAUAAUAUAAAUAAUAAUAUUGACAAAAAUGAAAUUAAUAAUGAUUGUAAAGAAAUUAUUAAUAAAGCAUUAAAUAAUAAUAUAGAGCAACAAGAAAAAGAACAAGAAACAAUUGAAGAGCAAUUAAAAUGGUUAGAUGAUCAAUUAAACUCAAAUGAUAAUAUAAAUAGCUAUUUAAAUGAACUAAAAGUUAAAUAUACUGAUAGCCUUCAACAGUAUCACAAAGAAUUAUAUUUAGAAUUAUUAAAUACAAUUUUAAAUUUUAAUUUAAAUGAAAAUAAUUUCCUUUUAUUUAUAAAGCAACAAAUGGUACUAUCACAAAUCAUAUGUCAGUUUUCAAUUGUUAUACCAUUUUCAAUCACAAAUGAAAAAGAAUUGUUUUUAAACGAACUAAAGAAUUAUCUUCAAGUUAACCUCGAUAACGGCUCCAUCGGUAACGAAGACGAUAAGGGUUUCCUUAAGAUUAUUGUAUUUUUAAUCUCCUUGGUUUUAAAUCAGUACUGUGAUAUCUAUUCAAUUGUAGUUUACUCAAUCUUGCCAUUAUUACAAUCAAACCAGGUAGUAGAGAGCAAUGCCAACGUUUUGUUUUUGAUUAGAGCCGUCCAAAUAUUACUCUGUAAUGAUAUUACCUAUCUUAGUAGUAUGGUCCUAUGUGAUAGUCAAGGUGAUAAUAAUAAAAUUAAAGCAUCCAUCGAUCAUCUCAGUAUAAGAUUAAAGAUGAUGAACAAAUCUAAGGUUUCCACAUACUUAGAAAUAUUCCAAACAUUCUGUAAGCUUUAUAAUCACUACGAACCAUUGUCAAAUCCAUCCAAUAGUAGUACACAUUUAAAAACAUUUCAAAAUAUUUGUUCGAUUUUAACCGAUCCAGAUUCAAAAUUCAUAUUCCUUUCAGAAAACUCAAUUGAAAAAAUUAAAGAGCUCAAUUUGAAUCCAAUCGAAACCAGAUAUUUAUUUUAUUUAAUUUUAGGGAAUGUUAGACACCAACAACAGGAAGAGGAAGAAAUGAAGCAAGAACAACAGGAUUCAAGAAUUAUCAUUGAAUAUGAACCAUUAAAAUUAGAGAAUUGUUUAAACUAUUCUUUCAAAGUAAUAGACUCCACACUUACAAAUUCCUCAAACUGCUAUUGGAAUAUUUAUUUGUCAUAUAUCGGUUUAAAACUUUUAUUAGAUGAAUGGAAAACCUUACCUUUGCUCACAAUGAUACAGUCACCAUCAACUACUACAACAGCAACCACUACAAAUACUAACUCUUCAACACCAAUGUCAACAACUCCACCUGUUAAAUCCCCUAAUCAAUCACCACUAUUACAAUCAACGGAUUUAUUAAAUUCAAACAAUAAUAGUAAAGCCAAUGGUAAUACCACACCAACCAAUAACAUAAUUACAUCACCAAGUAAUAAUUGUGAAACUUUUUCACCAGAAUCAAUUAUAACUCAAUUUAUAUUAUUACAUUUUGAAGAGAAUAGAGGUUGGGAAAGAGUAUUUAUCUAUGAGGAUAUAUUUUUAUUAUUCCCUCAAGUCAGAAAUGAACUGAUAAAAAUAACCGUAUCGAUUUUAGAGUCACAAUAUCAAGAGUCUAGCUUUGACCAACCAUUAGUAAAUUUACCACUAAUCAAUCAUAUUAAACAAAAUUUACCAAUCAAUAAUUUAUUAAAACAACAGCCACAAAAGUAUUCAUACAUUUUAAAUCGUCCACAAUCAAAUACUACUAGUGACUCAUCAGAUGAACUUAAACGUUUAGAUAACCUAAUGUUUCAAGAAUCUUUUACAGAUAUAAUCAUUCAUAUACUAUCUACCUUUGAGGACUCUAGUAAUAUCGUCAGCUGCUUUAUCCUUUCAAUUUUCAAACAACUUUCACUAUUUUUCCAAUUCUCAAAACCGUUCGAUGUAAUUAAUCUUGAACAUUCAUUAUCCGAAACUAUUAUCCAAUCAAUCGUUGUAAGAAUCACAUUUUUAAUAACCCAAAUCAAAAUUACAAAAUCAAUUGUAAAAUCAUCAAACCAAAAAUUGGAAGAGGUUUCAAUUUUAUUAUUAAAUCUAUUAUCAAAAUUCAUUAUACAAUCAGAAGAUGAAUUCAAUUUGUUUGACCCAAUUUUAACAAUUUUAGAUUUAUUAAUUUCAGAUAAAUUUGAACAACCCACUCCUCUCCCUCCACCUCAACAGCAACAACAGAAUGAUCAAAAGAAUUCAAUUAAAAAGAAAUUACAUGAGCUAUAUCAAAAAAUUAAAUCUAAUUUCCCAUUGACCCUUCAAAACAAAUUAGAGAAACAAUUAUCAUUCCUAACUUCAAACCCAUCUCCUCCACCAUUUACAAUCAUACAUCCAGCAUGUUUAAUAGCUUGCAAUGUUAGUAGCACCAGUAGCUCUGCUAAUUUAAACACUUUUACCCCACCAUUGGGUUCUGCUCAACCUUCCACCCCACCUCUAAGCUCUACCCAACCAGUGCAAUCUAUUCAAACCCCACAAUUAGUUUCGAACAUUCAAGAUCUUAAAUCAACAUUCACACAAAUGGAUCCUUGGACUCUUUUAGAAGAUUAUUCUGAAACUCCUCUUUCUCCCUCGAUUUAUGGUGGCAUUAAAAUAGAAAGAAAAGAACUCACCUAUAUUAAAUCAACUUUUCCUUCAAAAAAUAGUGGUGGUAGUAAACGAACCAAUUGA